CGCCUUUAGAUGGCAGUAUUGUACGAUAAUAACUGCCACCAGAAAGAAGCAGCGAAGAAGAGAUAACAACCACAGAAGAAGAAAAUCCACAGCUGUAGUCUAUCGCCGGUUGAUGGGAUAACUGAUAUUGAACAAAUAUAUCUUUUGAAUUGGUAUAUCUUCUGACUGAGGAGAUGGAUGUAGCAGAUGGUGAUGAUCAAGAUGGCGUUGCAAACACCUGCUGGGUGUCAGUGUGUCCCAAAGGCCUUUGGAUGGUCCAGAAGAAGCAAAUCCAGUCUGGAAGUCAACAUAAAGUUUGUGAUCCUGGAAAAGUGUUGUCGUCUGGCUACAAACCGAGAAUAGGCUCACUCUGCCGUGUUCGUGUGCGCCUCAAAGCGGACAUGAAUGAUGCGAGACAUUUGGUAAAAGGAGAUGAGCCCGACCAAGGAGACCGACAUGAUGCUGCAGAUUCCCCAAGGUGUCAGGACUCAGUGCUGCAGGUCAUGCUAGGUGACUUGACCACACUGCGACUUGGGGAAGGUCAUUGUGAUGUCACAGAAGCCUGUGUGGAGAGCAUGAACGCUGGGGAGACAUGUGAGAUACGCCUGACUCCGGUAAAUGGAGCUGAUAUGUUGAACUCUCAGCCUGCGGAGGAAAUAUGUGCCACAGUGGAGCUCCAAGCUUUCACACCAGGAAAGGAAUUCUGGCAGAUGCCACCUGGUGAAAAAUGGGAGUGGGCGAUGUCCCAUAAGGAGAGAGGUGGGGAGAGAUUCAGAAGUGGGGAUGUGUGGGGAGGAGCAGACAGCUACAGUCGUGCCCUCAAACUGGUCAUCGCCCUCUUUGGGUGUGAGGUGGACAGAAAAGGGGACGACAUACAAGAAGAAAAAGUUACAGACACGGAAGAUCAAACACAACUUCCUACAGUAAAUCAGCUCCAAAGCACAAAGGCCGAACUCCACUCAAACUUGUCCUUGUGUCAGCUCAAACUGAAGCAGCCAGCGCGCGCCAAGGAAAGUGCCACUAAGGCUACACAGCUGCAACCAGGUGGGGCUAAAGCGUGGUAUCGACUAGGCCAAGCCUGCCAGAUGUUGAAUGAGCUAGAGGAGGCCCGAAUGGCAUUCAGACAACUGCUAAAGCUGCAGCCAGAAUCCACAGCUGCUGUGAAAGCGCUUCAAGAAGUUGUGAGUAGAGAAAAGCAGACAAAUGCACAAUUAGGAAGGAGACUCAGUAAAAUGUUUAGCUAGGUGAAAUGUCUUAUCACGAGUAUGGUAAUCACACUUUUGUUUUAAUUGUGUCAAUCGCAGAUGCUCUAUUGUCUCCUCCAGGUACACAGUUCUGGCUAUAAAUACCUCAUAAUUAUCUCUAAACACCGCUUACUAUAAUUAAUGCAAUUGAUAAAAAAUCCUUCUGCAUUGACACAAAGCUAUAAAGAUGUUUUUUUGUUGUUUUUAUUAGAACAACCUUUUCAGGAUCUUAUGGAAUCUGCAGCUGUACUAUGAUCUCUGAAGUGGCACUUGCGUUGCAACUUCUUAAAGCCCACUUCUUGUGAGUAUGUGUAAUUACCUGUUUUUAUAACAUUGCACUUUGCUGAUGCUUUUUAGUUGCUGCAAUACAGAGACUUUGACGACUGUUUCGUUUGGAUGUUGUUGGGGCAUCAAAGUAAUUAAAAGUAAAAAUGUGUGCUUUCAAAUGAUGAAUUUGUUUAAAUCAGAUUAAUCAAUUUUUUAUCUCCUUGCAUAAUUUAAAUUUACCUUUUGAAAAUGAGCUCAGUAUUUGGACAAAAAUGCUCUUUUAUUGUCCAAAUGUCAUACAGGAACAUUUUUAAAUGGUAAUUGCAAUGCACAUUUCCUUGCUCCAAAUUUUGCAGGUUUUAUUUAAUGUCCAGACGAGAGUGUUUUUAAGUGAAAUCUAAAAGUUUGCUCACUUAUCUUUGCACUGACAUGCAUACCUGCUGUAUCAGACCAUAAAACCAGGAGAAUGUACGCUCAAAUUAAAUUGUGAUUAAUCUGCAUGUAUACCUGAAUAACGCGAUACAUUUUUGCAUGACUCAACUCGUUAUUGACAGCUGUGGUAAAAAUGUCUUGCUUGCGGCCAACAACUCAAUUUCGCUCUAACAAAUGGUCAAGUAGCAGUGUACUAUUACAAAAUAAUCUCAGCUACAAUCGGGUGGAAGGCGGGGUUACACCCUGGACAAGUCGCCAUCUCAUCUCAGUGUACCGGUAGUUAGAAAAAUGAAAUUUAUUUUGGCGUCAGUCAGAAGAUGUACUUCUGAACUAAAGACAAUGACAUUGUUAUUAAAAUUUUUACCCACCACUAUAAUGAAACUAAA